CACUAGCUUGCCACUUUUCCGUCCAUGCCUUUCGACGAGGAAGCUGGAGGACGUUCAAGUUCAGGGCCAACCAGGCUGGUUGAGAUCUAAGCCCUUCUGCCGCCUUUUUUUUUUUUUUUUAACAUGAGUAAGAAGAACUGUGGGAUCAUAAAGGAGCUGCUCAUUUCCUUGGAGAAGGCCUUGGCACGUUUUCGCUGCCAAGAAAGCGAAAUGAUUUGAUGAUUCCACUUUGACGACGCGGCGGCUGCUACUCUUUGCUCCUGGCCAGAUGUUUUUGGCUUUCUUCUGUUGAUCAUUUCCCCCUGGUGAUGGAGCUCCGCAAACGGCGACGAGGUAUGACCAGGUCCGCCCGGGAUGAAGAAGAAGAGGAGGAGGAGGAGGAGGAGGAGGGGGCCUCUGGAUCUGGCUCGCAAGCCCCGUGGUGGAGUUGGCAGUGGACCGUUGCCACGGUGACGGGGCUGGCGACGGCCGGCCUGCUGGCUUUGACACAGGCCUGCUGCGUCAACACCUUGCAUGAGAACUUGCUGUGGUUCCAGCAGCUCACGGUAGCGCCUCACAAUGCUUCAAAUAACCUGCAACAACCACAAAUAGAACACCCUCAAGCUGAGGUGGAGCGUGAGAUCUCCUUCCGGACGGAAUGUGGGCUUUACUACUCGUACUACAAGCAAAUGUUGAAUGCUCCGUCCAUCAAGGAAGGAUUGUCAGAGUUGAUCCACGACAACUUGACGGAGUCCAAGAGGACCAUCAACCUCCUGCAAAGGAUGAACAUUUACCAGGAGGUCCUUCUCAGUAUUCUCUAUAGGCUGCUGCCAAUACAGUCCUACCUGGAGCCCAUGUACUUCUACAUCUACAGCGUGUUCUCGCUGCAGGCGGUGUACGUGAUGGCGCUGUACCUGACGGCGUGGCUCCUGGGCGGCUCGUGGAUGGCGGGCGUCUUGGCCGCCAUCUGGUACAUCCUGAACAGGGUGGACACGACUCGUGUGGAGUUCACCAUCUCGCUGAGGGAGAACUGGUCUUUGCCCUUCUUGGCGCUGCAGGUUGCCGCCAUCACAUGCUACCUGAGACCUCAGCUGGGCGCCUCGCAGCAGAAGGUGAUGGUGUGGUUGAUGUACGUGUGCAGCUUGUGCUUCUGCGUGACGUGGCAGUUCAACCAGUUCAUCUUUCUGGUUCAAGCCUUUGUCGUCUACACGCUGGACUGUGUGGACGUGCUCACCGGCGUACAGGCGACCACGUUGUACUUGGUCCAAAUGAGCGCUCUGCUCAGCGUGUGGCUGCUGCAGUUCUUCAACGCCAUGAUCCUGGGCUCCUUGGUGCUCAGCUUCAUCGUGGCGGCCCUCCUCGUGCGUCACUUCCACCAUUCUUUGAAGACGGGAAGUUUUGUGGUGCGGCUGUCCCGGCUGAUUCUCCACAGCACCGCCGUCCUCCUGCUCACCUUCGCCAUCAAUUUCCUUGCCAAGAAGGCGCUGCGGCUGCGAUCGGACGAGCACAUCUUUAAAUUCAUCAAGUCAAAGUUUGCCUGGGGGCCCACGAGGGACUUUGACGCCAACCUGUAUCUAUGCGAGGAAGCCUUCGGUGCCUUGCCACUGGACACUCUGGAGCGUCUGUCCGCCACCCUUGUGCUGGGACCCUACGCCCUCACGCUCGCGCUGAUGGGCGGCGCCUUGGCGCUGGCUGCUCUGCGCAACCUCAGAAUGAAAGGUGGCGGCACGGAGGGUCCGGCGGUGGCGUCCUUCCGUCCGGACGUGGCCUACAACCUGCUGCACACGCUCUUCUACGGCCUGCUGGCCUUCAGCACCAUGAGGAUGAAGUACAUCUGGACGGGACAUAUGUGUGCCGUGGCGGCGUACGGCGUGUGCGGCGGCGACGUGUGGGCGAUGCUCCUUCACGCGCUCCGAUGCAACGCCAAAGUCUUGCUCAAGUUGGUCCGAUACGCUGCGCCCGUCGCCGUCAUUGCCUUCCUCUAUUACAAGUUCUGGCCCAAGAUGGUGGAGGAGCUGUCUGACUUGAGGGAGUUCUAUGAUCCAGACACUGUGGAACUCAUGACCUGGAUUAGUGCAAAGACGCCCGAGACCGCCGUCUUGGCGGGAAGCAUGCAACUGCUGGCCGGCGUCAAACUGUGCACCGGGAGAGUCAUCACCAACCACCCGCACUACGAAGACGAGGAACUGAGACACAGGACCAAACAGGUGUACCAGGUGUACGCCCGCCGCUCGCCGCGAGCCGUCCACGCCAUCCUGCGAGAGUUGGGCGCCGACUACGUGGUGUUGGAGAACUCCAUCUGCUACGAGCGCCGCCACCAGCGAGGAUGUCGCCUGAGAGACCUGCUGGACUUGGCCAACGGACAUAUCAUGGAUGGCGAAGGCGACAACGACGCUGACCUGGUGGCCGCCGCCCACCCGCGAUUUUGCGAUGCCGUCAAGACGGACUCGCCGGAAUACGCCGCCUUGUUCAAAAGAACCUUCGAGAACAAAACCUUCCACGUGUACCGAGUCAGGAAGAAGGCCAAGAAGAACUCGUAAGAUGACAGCAGCUUGACGCACAUUUGCAGGAUGCCUGAACAACAUUCUUUGCUGAGUUUUGUCCUUUCAAAAAAUAAAAAUAAAAAAGGAGGUGGUGCAAUUUGUUCGGCUGUGCGUGGGAUAAAAAGCACAUCAAUUUGGCGAGUGGCACUUUUUGUCAAGGCACAAGAAAAUCCAGCUGAUGUGACUUUUUCAAAAGAAAAAAAUGCUGAUCCGCGGCCCCUGAAGUUGUUGCAUUGGAAUUGCACAUUUGUUGAAGGAAAUGUAAGGUGCUUCAUGAAAUGUUUUAUAAAAGAUACGUUCAUUAAAUUUCAUCAUUUUCCAAA